AUGUUCAUAUCCAUAUCCAUAUCGUUUUCUAACGUGUCAAUGACGUCCUCACACGUGCCUCAUGUUUCCUUGUCACUCGAAACUGGAGUAAACAUUCGCCGUGAACGUCUGGAUCUUAGGCGCUGUGAUCGGCUCGCUGUCCUACAGCCGCUUCAGCGCAAACAGACUUUGAUGUUAAAUUGCAUCUUUAUGAUUAUGGAUGAUAUCGUGCAGGCGUCCGAGUAUUCAUCGGGUGGGAUGAAUGGGGUUGGCCACAUUCAUUACAAUCUAAGUUUAGAUGAUCACAUCAUUCUUGCAGCACACACAAUUUGA